AGCAGAGCGGAGCCGCCGCGGCGCCGCCGUGCAGCCGCCGCCCCCCUGUCGCUGGGCGGCUGUGUGGGCGCCCGGACCGCCGCGCCUCUGGGUCGCCCCGAUGCUUCCAGGCUUGCGGCGGCGGCAGAGGCGGAGGGAGGAUGACAGCUCCCCGGGAGCGGAGCGCCGACCUGGCUCGUUUCUACACUGUCACCGAGCCCCAGCGACACCCGAGGGGCUACACAGUGUAUAAGGUGACCGCCCGGGUUGUUUCACGGAGAAACCCAGAGGAUGUCCAGGAGAUAAUCGUAUGGAAGAGAUACAGUGAUUUUAAGAAACUGCACAAAGAGCUGUGGCAAAUUCACAAGCAUUUAUUCCGUCAUUCAGAAUUGUUUCCUCCCUUUGCUAAAGGAAUAGUAUUUGGGCGAUUUGAUGAAACUGUCAUAGAAGAGAGAAGACAGUGUGCCGAGGACCUGCUGCAGUUCUCUGCCAACAUCCCUGCUCUUUACAACAGCAGGCAGCUCGAAGACUUUUUCAAGGGUGGCAUAAUUAAUGACGGUUCUGAAUUAAUUGGCCCUGCUGAAGCUUGCUCGGAUUCCCUUGCUGAUCCCAUUCCUGAGAGUAGCACAGAAGGUUUCUCCAGUGACAGUGACCUGAUAUCUCUUACUGUUGAUGUGGAUUCUCUUGCCGAGUUAGACGAUGGAAUGGCUUCCAAUCGAAAUUCUCCCGUUAGAACUUUUGGUCUCAGUCUUCCUUCGGAUUCUUCAGCACUAGGGGCUGUUGCCUCUGACAGUGAACAGAGCAAAACAGAAGAACGGGAAAGUCGGAGCCUCUUUCCUGGCAGUUUAAAACCUAAACUUGGCAAGAGAGAUUAUUUGGAGAAAGCGGGAGAAUUAAUAAAACUGGCCUUGAAAAAGGAAGAGGAAGACGACUACGAAGCUGCGUCUGAUUUUUAUAGGAAGGGCGUUGACUUACUCCUGGAAGGUGUUCAAGGUGAGUCCAGCCCCACCCGCCGCGAAGCUGUGAAGAGGAGGACCGCGGAGUAUCUCCUGCGGGUGGAAAGCAUCUCUGGCCGCUGCAGGAGCCCGCAGCUGGAGGGUGGAUCUCAGCCUCCAGGAUCACUAAGUUCAAGGCCCCCUUGGAACCUAAGGAGCCCUGCCGAGGAGCUGAAGGCCUUCAGAGUCCUUGGGGUGAUUGACAAGGUUUUACUUGUAAUGGACACAAGGACAGAACAGACAUUCAUCUUAAAAGGUCUGAGGAAAAGCAGCGAGUCCAGCAGGAACAGAAAGACCAUCAUCCCCCGCUGCGUGCCCAACAUGGUGUGUCUGCACAAGUACAUCGUCUCGGAGGAGUCGGUGUUCCUGGUGCUGCAGCACGCCGAAGGUGGCAAGCUCUGGUCAUACAUCAGUAAAUUUCUCAAUAGAAGUCCUGAAGAAAGCUUUGACACUAAGGAAGUGGAAAAGUCCACGCUUGCUAAGGUUCACCUGCAGCAGCCAGCUUCCAGUCCUCAGGAUAGCAGCAGCUUUGAGUCCAGAGGAAGUGAUGGGGGAGGCCUGCUCCGAGUAUUACCUCUGAAGACCAGUCUUACUCUGAGUUCUCAAGAGGAUAGCAACCAGGAAGACGAUGGCCAAGACAGCUCUCCAAAAUGGCCCGAUUCUGGUUCAAGUUCAGAAGAAGAAUGCACUACUAGUUAUUUAACGCUAUGCAAUGAGUAUGGGCAGGAGAAGAUUGAACCAGGGACUCUGAAUGAGGAGCCCUUCGUGAAGACUGAAGGGAAGGAUGUUGAUGCCAAAGUCCUGCACAGCUUCCCUGCAUGCCUUGCUACGGAUGGUGAUGGCUCCAGCGCACAGCUGAGAACUCAUGAGCUCAAGUUCUUCCCUGGAGAUGAGGACCCAGAGACAGUUCCUUCUCCAAGAACAUCCGAUUCUCUUAGCAGAUCAAAGAACAGUCCCAUGGAACUCUUCAGAAUAGAUAGUAAGGACAGCACAAGUGAAUUUCUGGGACUUGAUUUUGGAGAGAAGCUGUAUAGUCUUAAAUCAGAGCCCUUGAAGCCAUUCUUUGGUCUUCCAGAUGGAGACUAUGCUUCCAAGAGUUUUAAUGCCAGUGAAAGCAGAGUCGAGUUUACAGCUUUGGACACCAUUAGCAGGGGCUCAGAUGACUCAGUCCCGGUUAUUUCAUUUAAAGACGCAGCAUCUGAUGAUAUCACUGGUACUGAUGAAGGAAGGCCUGAUCUGCUUGUAAAUCUGCCUGGAGAGUUGGAGCUACCAGAAGCUGCAGCCAUGGGACCCACUAAGUUUACACAGACUUCCUUAGGCAGAGUAGAAAACAAGCUGCUGGAGGCCCCAGAUGUGUUAGGCCUCAGGCUUGGUACUGAACAAUGCCAAGCCUCCGAAGAAGAAGGCUCAGACAACCUGAGUGGUCCCUCUAGGCUCGGGUCCUGUAGUACAACCCAGGCACAUAAUGCCCAGGAGGACCUGGGGGUCUUAUUGGUAGCGGCCGUUGAUCAUAGCCAUUCAGAAGACGCGUCUGUGUCUCAUAGCUCAGAUCCUAAGUUUGGACAGCUUGGAGUAAUUGAGUCAGGAUUAACUGCCAACAGCACAGAAGGAAGCUUAUUCCAUAUUUUUAGUCCCCUCUCAGGUGCUAAUGAAUACAAUGCAAACACAGAGACUUUCAAAACGGAAGAAGUGUUGCUGUUUACAGAUCAGCCUGAUGACUUGGCUAAAGAGGAACCUACUUGUUUAUUCCAAAGAACCUCAGAGUCUGAGGGCGAGAGUGGGUUAGCCCUGGAGGAAGACAAGGAGAUCCAUCAAAUUUUUGAGGACCUUGAUAAAAAAUUAGCACUGAACUCCAGGUUUUGUAUCCCGGAGGGCUGCAUUCAGAGAUGGGCAGCUGAAAUGGUGGUAGCCCUUGAUGCUUUACAUAGAGAGGGAAUUGUGUGCCGCGAUUUGAACCCAAACAACAUCUUAUUGAAUGAUAGAGGACACAUUCAGCUAACGUAUUUUAGCAGGUGGAGUGAGGUUGAAGAUUCCUGUGACAGCGAUGCCGUAGAGAGACUGUACUGUGCCCCAGAGGUUGGAGCAAUCACAGAAGAAACCGAAGCCUGUGAUUGGUGGAGCUUGGGUGCUGUCCUCUUUGAACUUCUCACUGGCAAGACUUUGGUUGAGUGCCACCCAGCAGGAAUAAACACUCACACCACCUUGAACAUGCCAGAAAGUGUCUCGGAAGAGGCUCGCUCCCUCCUUCAACAGCUCUUGCAGUUCAACCCCCUGGAACGAUUGGGUGCUGGAGUGGCCGGUGUUGAAGAUAUCAAAUCCCACCCAUUUUUCACUCCCGUGGAUUGGGUAGAACUGAUGAGAUGAACACCAUCGAGGGCUCUUCGCACACAUUCUGAUCUCUGUAACAGCAGCUCGGCCACACAGUCAUUAUGGAGCACCAAGCCUUUGGAUCGAGGCCUGUAGAGAACCUAGGGGAGGAGCUAAAAGAGCUUUCAUUUGCACUCACCGUCCGGACAAGAUAUUAGCUAAUUGUGCCAGGAGCUGUUAUAUACAUACCUUUACCAAGGUGUCACUUAAUGUAAUGGUUUGCACUGUGAACCCAGCUGAAACAGCAGUGUUCUUCCGGAAGUUCCUCCGACUCGGAGCUCUAGGUGUAGAACUGUUUCACUUGAAAGAAGGAACCUUACCUGGCAGCUGAUUACCCUCUGCUAACCACGGAUGGUUACCCAGUCAAAUUAUUUAUGAAUACUGCAUGGAAAGUGCUUGAUGAACAGUGUCAUCUGUGGGGCUCAAAAAAUGACAAAAAAUACACACGUGGUGUCGGAAAGGAAACCCGCUCCGAGACCUGUAUAACUGGGGGAUUUUAAAUGUGGCUCCGGAUGAUUUCUCUGCGGAGAAAACAUUUUAUGUUGCCGACGUGGAACUUUGUGGGUUGAGGGUGCUCUUUUAGGGAUGGUUCAUGUGAACACUUCAUGCUCUUCAGCCUCGUCUUCCUUUCCCCACCUUUCUGGGUGUUGCACCCUCUGCUUACUGCCUUUUUCUUGCUCUUGUUAGCACAUGUGCAACAGAAAGGGCAGGGAGUAUUUAUGUCACAAACUGUGUCACCGUAGUGAGGACUAAGGAAUCAUGACGUGAAAUAAAUGUGGUAAAAAUGU